AUGAACGCGCCCAUCGUCGAUCCAUAUCAGGGGGAAUUUCCGGAGAUAAUUGAGGAGUACUUGCAGCAUGGUACCAUGAAAUGUAUCGCGUUUAACCGUACAGGGACGCUUCUUGCUGCUGGAUGCUCAAAAGGUAGCUGUGUUAUCUGGGACUUCGAAACAAAGGGGCUAGCAAGAGAAUUUCAUGAUAAAGAUUACAGUGCAUCUAUAACAAGUGUGUCCUGGUCCAAGUAUGGCCACCGUUUGCUCGCCUCUGCUACUGACAAGUCAUUGACACUUUGGGAUGUGUUAUCUGGGGAAAAGAUUUCCCGAAUAACUCUUGAGAAGACUCCGUUGCAUGCCAGUCUUCAACCUAGUUGUCCAACCCCAUCUAUUUGUUUGGCAUGUCCUCUGUCUUCUGCACCUCUACUUGUUGAUUUGGAUACCGGAAGUACCAGAUUUCUCCCUGUUUCUGUAUCUGAGAACAGUAACCCCUCUGCACAUAAUCCCCGUAAUAAAUUUGCGGAUGGUACCCCACCUUUUACACCAACAGCUGCAAUAUUUGACAAGCAUGGGGAUCUGAUAUAUGUGGGCAACUCCAAGGGAGAAAUUUUGAUCGUAGAUUCAAAAAGCAUACAGGUACAUGCAGUAAUUCCGAUCCCUGGUGGAGCUGUUGUUAAGGAUAUUGUUUUAAGUCGGGAUGGCCGAUAUCUGCUGACAAAUUCUAAUGAUCGGGUCAUUAGAGUCUACAAGAAUAUUCUGCCUGUUAAAGGUUCUGGAGAGGAGAUUAGAAACAUAAGCAGCAACAGUAAUGACUAUGAAAGUCACUAUGAUAAGUUAAAAGUAAAUGGUGCUAGCUGCCUUAUUCUUUCCUGUGAACUUUCUGAUUUCAUCACCAAGACACAGUGGAAGACACCAUGUUUCAGUGGUAAUGGUCAGUGGAUAGUUGGCGCUUCUGCAAACAAAGGUGAGCACAGGUUGCAAAUAUGGGACCAAGCAGGGCCCCUUGUAAAGAUCCUUGAUGGUCCAAAGGAAGCUGUCAUUGAUCUUGCCUGGCAUCCUGCUGAACCUACAAUUGCUACAGUAUCUGUAACAGGCCUUGUAUACAUUUGGGCCAAAGAGCAUGUGGAGAACUGGAGUGCGUUUGCUCCUGAUUUUGAAGAAUUAGAAGAAAAUGAAGAGUAUGUUGAACGAGAGGACGAGUUUGACCUGAACCCACGUGAAGAAGAGGCUGAGGAAGUAUCAAUAGACGAGGAUGCUGAUAUUGAUAUUGAGACAUUUGAGAAGAAUGCAAUGUUCAGUGAUGUGGAGGAUUCAGUGGAUGAGAUCGUCUUCUUACCAGCAAUUCCUUCGCCAGAUGUUCCUGAUGAGCAGCCAGUGAAAUGCCUUGAAAGCUCAUCAAAGUUGGAGGAUAGCAGCCAUUCUGGUUCCCCAUCCUCAAUGGCUGCUGUACAGGAUGGUCAAGCUAUUCCUAUGGCAUCAAGCCCAAUGGAAGUGAACUACUCUGCUGCUGAAGACCCAGCUGAACUGCCAAUCUCAAAGCGGGUGCGGCGUCUGUCCAUGAAGGGGCUUGAGUCGUUGCAAUUUGAGAAGGACAAAACGCCAGCAACAAAGAGCAAGUCCAACGGCAAGCCCGCAAAAUCCAGUGCCUUGGAUGAUGAAGCAACUGAGGACGAAGAGGGCUUUCCUUUAGCUGUUCACACAUUGGGCGAAGGGAUGCUCCCUCCCGCCGUAAUCCAUGUCGAGGAUAUGUCCGUGGUGCUCUCCUCCUCGAGGUUGGUCUUGAUGGCGGCGCUGGAGAAGCAGGCCACCCGCAUAACUCGGCUCACACUGGGGAUUGUCGAGGAUGGAACUUGA